AUGGAGUUAGGCGUUGCAAGGAGAUUAGGAACUUUUCAUAUAAAGACCUGGCAUGGAAACACUAUUGACAUUAACCCGGUGGAGUGCGCAAAACUGGGAUAUAUUAAUGCUGCUGAGAAUGAGCUUCUAUGUGAAGAAUGUGGAGUGAGAAUUAUAAAUCCAGAUUCAUGAUAUCAAAUAAUGGAAAGCCAUGCAAAAGGCUGUAAAAUGAGGAGAUUUGAAAUGUUUGAUUAUGAAAAAAUAUUGGCGUUUCAAGAGGAAGAAUUUAUCCGUAGGGUUGAGUCUUUUAGGGAAUGGCAGCUGUUUCCUAUUCUCAAUUUUAGCGUGUUUGGAGAGGCUGAUAAUGAAAUUUGGUCAAGGUUUUUUAAGGAGUUCCCAAUUAUUGAAGUAAUCGUUACCUAGAUUGAUAAAGCACUUGCACUCUUUGGGUUUUCUGCUAACCUUCUGUGAGCAAGCAAAACCAUUGGAAAAUCCCUAUGUUUUGGGUAAAAGCACACCUCCAUGAGCAAGCAAAAAUAUUUUAUAUAUAAGUGAUAAUUAUCACAAUGAAAUCUCUAGUUAAUUUAAUUAAAUUUUAAACAGCUUGCAUUUUAAACAACAAAAAAAAACGCCGAGGGCAAAUAAAAUUUGUUUGUUCGCUCACUGAGGGAAGGGGGUAAGGAUACAGAGAUUUCUUGCAAACUUUGUGGGAUAAAAACAAAGCUGCCUGAAUAUACAAUUAAAGUGGGAAAGGUAAUAAACUCCUCAAGCCAAAGAGAUAGCAUUGGAAUUAAUCAGCAAUUUGACCUGGUGAAAGCCCACCGAUUUUAUUGUCCGUUUAUAAAUGAUCUCACUGUCUCAGAUCUUUCCUAUUUAUCUACUGCUCCUAAAUCCCUUAACUUUGGCUGGAGAUUUCUUCUCUCAAAACUUACUUCAAAUAGACCAAAUAUUGAUUUUAUUCUAUCUUCAACCGCCAAAAACCUUGAAGCUCACAGGUCUCUUUUAAACUCAUUUUGAUAA